AUGCAGGAUGAAAAGGAGGGGGAUUUUUUGGUCAAGAACUGUUGGGUUGGCAAUGUAUGGUCUGAGGACUUAUUGAGGAGUUUACUGAUGGAGCAGUCUGUCAGCUACAUAUCUACUAUCCAAUUUGACAAAAAAAAUAAUGAUCAACUUAAUUUGAUGAAUAGGACCAGAGCUAGUAUCUCAAAAGAUAUCCAGAACUAUUUGUACAGCUGGGACACUUGCCAGUGGAAUGUUUCCUAUUGCCAAAAACACCUUACCCCUUCCAUGUUGUUCUUUGCUUGGAGAGUUCUUAAUAACCUUCUUCCUACUGAUAAUAUUCUGAAACUAAAAGGCUUGAAAGGUCCUUCUAGAUGCCACCUAUGCAAGCUUGAUCAGGACUCAAGGGAUCAUUUAUUCUUCAAAUGCAAUUUUGCUGAGGAGGUUUGGAAUAGAUUGACUUCGCAAAUGAAAAUCAACCUGAUUAACAUUGGAUGGGAUAACAUUACGGAUUGUAUUAAAGAUUGGAAAGAGAUAAAUCUCAUGCCAAUUCCCUUCAUUGUUGCUUGGUUUAUUUGGAUGGCUAGAAACAUGGCCAAACAUGAGGAGAGGGAGGCCAGUGCUACAAGGGUGAUGACUAACUUCUGGUCCUACCUAAAUAAACUGAUAAACUGGAGGAAGUUCCCCAAGAUCCUGCAAACCAUAACUUACAUGGGUGCUAAUAACAUUAAGAUCAUUAAGGUGAGAUGGGACAGACCUCCUUAUCCUUUCAUUAAAGUCAAUACUGAUGGAAGCUACACAAACAAGAGAGAAGGUAUUGGGGGAAUUUUUAGAGAUCACACAGGGAAUACUUUAUUGUUCUAUAAGGCCCCUUAUAUAGCUGAAGAUGCUUUGGAAACUGAAGUUGUUGCUCUAUAUUGGGCAUUAAAAUUUGCUAAGGAGAAUAAGUGGCAGUGA